AUGUUAUCAUUUGAUAGUUCCUCAAGAGGUAUAAAUUUAUACUACAAAGACAUAAUUAAUUCUAUUGAUUCUGAGAAUAAAAAUGCUGCCAAGUAAUUGAUGUUAUAAACUUUCACUAAUAUAGAGGAGACAAUCAAAAUUAAGGAGAGGUUUUCAGAGGGAAAAUUACAUUAAUUAUGGAUAGAUUAAUAUUGGAAGCUAAUUAAUAGAAAAUCUAUAAAAAAAACUCAGGUUUAAGUAAUACAAAAUAUGGAUUAUAUUGAUGCGCGUUUCCUCAUCUCUUCUCCAUAAUUUUGUUGGUUGCAUCUAUGUAAUAUGAAGUCAUAGAUUUUUAUAAUCAAUUAUUUAGGAUUGUAAAUAAACUUCUGUUAUUUUAUACAAUUUUAUGAUAACUACAUGAAUAAAUUUAACCUAUGUAUAUCAAUUGAGCAAGUAGAUAGACAAUAUAUAUUUGUAUACGUUCAAGAUGAGUAUAGAAAAUGUAAUCUUGGACAAUUAUAGCCAAGUCAUCUCAUAAAAUUUUUACCAAAACAAAAAUAUCUUGUAAUUGUAGUAAUAAUUGGAACAACUAUAGUCCUGAAAAUAUUCCUAUAUAAGAAAUAGCUAGAAAGACAAUUAUUUGUAGUGCAGCGAUUGCAAAAUUUCAGUGUUUCGAAAUAACUUUAAGGCAAAUUAGAUUUUGAUUCAGAUGACGAAAAAAUUAGAGUUAUCAUCAAAAUGGAAACAGGUAUAUGAAUAAGAAUAUUGUAAGCCGAUUUUUCAUUCUAAUAAUUGACUUUGAAAGAAUAAAAAGAUGAACAAAGUUCUGCUUAUGAAUAACUAAUUAAAUCCUCAAUUAUGAUUCUCAUUAAAUAUUCAAAACAUCAUAAUCAUAUUGUUUAAAAUUCUAUAAUCUAUCACCUUAUAAGCAGCUCAUUUCAUAUCAACUAAAUAUUUGAACUUAGAGGAUAGAAUAUAAGAAGGAUAAAUGAGUUCAUUUCUGUUAAUAAGAAGUAAAUUCGCCUUUUGGCAUUUUAAACUUCCUAAAAAAGUGUAGAAUAUAUGUAGUUUACUUGUAUCCCGACUAUAUAUACAAGAUAUUUUAUUACAUUCUCACAUGUUUAAUCAAAUAUUUCUGGAUGA